AUGAAAAACUUAAUAUUUGCAUCAAAUUUGGAAAAUAAUUUCAACUUGGAAACAUUACAACAAAUGUGCAACAAGUGUUUGUCGAAUGAUGAUUAUCAAGACAUUAUUCGAUACAUCAAGCAAUACUUUGUCAAAUUACAUGACACACCAACAGUCUUGAUGUUUAUCCCAAAAGGAAUGGAUGGAGAACAAAGAUUUAUUUCAUUGGCAUAUGAAGAUGCUAGAAAACAAUUCUUUUUAGCAUCCUUGGUUUGUAAAGUAAAUGGAAACGACAACUCCAUAAGAAAAUGGUUCUUUGAUGUUGAUUGUGAAAGAUACUCUACUACAAUGGAUCCAAGAAAACCAAAAGUAUUUAUAGAUGACAAAAUAAAAUAUAUAAAUAUGUUUCAUGGAUUUAAAUUUAAUGAUCGAGAAGAGUUUGAUAAAAAAAUAAAAGAUAAAGAUACAGCAAAAAUAGCAAAGGAAGGUGUUCAAUUCAUUUGGAAUCACCUUGAUACUGUCCUUUGUUCAAAUAACCAAGAAGAAUAUAAAUAUCUAAAAGGUCAUACUGCAAAAGUAGUAUCUGGAAAGAAACAAGAAACAAUGGUCUAUUUGCGUGGAAUCCAAGGCGCAGGAAAGUCUUCUUUAAUAGAAAUCAUUACUGCUUCCAUUGGUCACAAUGUAGUUUAUACUUCCUCUGAUCCAAAUAUUUGUCUUCCAAAUGCACACAAUGAAGAUAUUGUUGGUAAAACAGUAAUUGUUUUUGAAGAGAUUCCAGUUAAAUCUAGUAAUGAUUGGAACCAAUUUUCAAGUGCACAAAAGCACUUUAUUACUGGUAAAACAAUAAAGAUUAAUCCAAAACACAAGAACCAAUACUUUAUACCCAAUAUGAUUAGUGGAUAUGCUAUUUCUAAUCAAUGGGCAAUUAAAGUUGAAAAUGGUGAUAGAAGAUAUUUCAUUCCAACUAUAUCUAAAAGUAAAGUUGGUGAUACAGAAUAUUUUAAAAAGUUGUACUCUUUUAUACAAAAUGAUUUGGUAAUGGAAGCAUUUUACUGGGAAUGUAUUGAUAUUGAAAAAACAAAUCCUUUUAAUGAGAGAUUAAUCCCAGACACUGUAUGUAAAAAUGAAAUAUUAAAUGAUCAUCUAUUAUCUAUUUAUGAAUUUAUAAAAAAUAAAUAUGUUUUACAAGGUUUGGGUAUUGAAAGAAUUACAAGAAUGGCUUUGUAUACAUUGUAUAGUAAUUUUUGUAAAGAUAAAGGUAUUAAAAUAAUACCAAAAAAUGAAGCUUAUAAGCGUCUAGAAGAAAUUGGAAUAAACUCCCAACGUGGUGGACAAAAUACUACAAUAUAUGAAUAUAGUAAAGAACAACUAUUGACAAUUUAUCAAAAAGAAAAAUUUAUCACAAAGAAUGAUGAUAUUUUUAAUCAAGAAGAUGAACAAAAAGUAGAUGUAGAAAUUGGAGGUACAACAACAAAAAAAGAUUAA